GAGAGAGAGAGAGAGAGAGAGACAACGAGAAGGAGAGUGAAAAGGGGAGGAGUAGAGGGAGGCUGGAACGCCGGUGAGAGAGCGAAAUGAUGAUUGCGUCAACGAUGAAAACGCGACAUUCUACGGAACGACGUUGUACAAUUGCCUCGGCAAAAAGCAUCAGCGGCGCGGCAACGUUUCGAUCGAGAUUCGAUUGAGAUCGGUCCCGAUUUCCGAUGAGAACGCACUCCGAAGAGUCCCAAGGUUGUAAAUCUAAGGACAAAAGAGCCGAAACGUUCGUGCGUUGAAAUGCCCGUUCGAUGUUUUGUUUGGUAUUGCUCAAUAGCUUCCGCAUGAGACGGUUGGCUGACUUCACGAUGAAGCUUAAUAAAGAAGAUCGAUAGUAAUUACGUAUAACGAAUAAUUAAGAUCGUUAGAACACAUUAACAAUAAUUUAAUUAAUUUAUCGGGUCGAGUGGGGAGAUCCUCGGGUCACGCAACACGAAGGCGCGCGAACAGCGCGCGAGAACAAAAAUGAUAAAACGCAAGUCGAAAUCGAUCCCAUGCAGCAGCUCGACGAUUCUCCUCGAGAACCUCGCGACGACUUGCGACGACUUGCGUCACCGACGUCUUUUCUUUCGCCGUAAUUGAUAACUAUCGGCUGACGAAAUGAAUGUUCUCGCGGCAGUGCACUAAUAACCGCGAUUAUGAUCGUCGAAUUAAAAGCUACCGGAGAUUCCGCCACGUACACGCGCGCCGCGUCUAAUUGCUUAACGAGGCAUUGCAUUUCGCUCGGGGAGCGAAUACAACAGAGCGUACCUCGCGAGUAAUUAAGCAUCCGGCCCGCCGCGAUUCCAGUGUUCCAAUGAUCCAAACAACCGGCGAUUAAUUAACGCGACGACACCGUGCACGACCGCUCGGAGCGGUCAUCGGGUCGCGCCUAAAAAUUAAUUGCGUCACACCGCGCUACACACUUUCCCGACGCAAAAGCGCCGAGAAAUGUGCAUCCUGACGCAUUUCGCAAAAAUCGAACGAUCGCCUCCUACGAGCGUUAGCUGAACGGUAUUCGCGCUGGUGGGGCGACGCUAUUAGGUAAGAUUAAAUCGCCGAUUGUAUAUAAAGCGAGCAUUUUACGCUCGCUGCUUAUAAAACAGUGACACUCCAUUUAGGUUCGAACGUAACGAUGAAGUCUCUCAUCGCCUUGGUCUUGACUGUCGCGGCACAGACUUUAGCAACGCCUGCGUAUUAUCAGUAUCGUGGACCACCGGCGCCCAUCGGCCACGACGGCAGAGUGAUGGACACGCCGGAAGUAGCGCACGCCAAAGCGGCGCAUCUCGCCACCGUGGCGGAGGCCGCCGCCAAGAUUUCGCGCAGCUCCGUGGCCUCGGAAGAUCGGGACCAUCACGGAUACUCGAAACCUGUAACAGUGGUUAAUCAGAUGUACCACACCGGCUAUCAGGGCUACCACGGACCGCCCGCACCGUUGGAUCACGACGGUCGCGUGGUGGACACGCCGGAAGUGGCCCGAGCGAAAGCCGCGCACUUGGCGGCUCACAACCACAUAGCCUCCUCGGCAGCCGUUGAGGACGACUCGCCGUCUUACAGUCACGGUUAUCACGGCCCGGCUGCACCCUUGUCCCACGACGGCAGGGUCGUUGACACCCCCGAAGUGGCGCACGCUAGACAAAAUCAUCUCGCCGCUCACGCCAACGCGCUUCAUUACGGCUACAGCGAUUAUAUCGUUCUAUCAGCACUGUGCGCCAUCGCGGCCGCGACACCGGCUUAUCUGGCUUAUCACAUCGGGCUGCCGCUCAGCCCGGACGGCAAGAUCCUGGACACGCCGGAGGUAGCUCAAGCGAAAGCGGCGCAUCUCGCCGUUCAGGCCUACGAGGCUGCCAGGAACACGGGAACGCUCGGCUACGGAUAUGCUUUGGCCGCUUAUCCACCUGCAAUUACGUACGGCGCGCCCAUCGGCGCGGAUGGUCGAGUGACAGACACACCUGAGGUCGCGCAGGCCAAGGCUGCCCAUCUCACCGCUCACGCCCAAGAGGCCGCCAAGACUGCCGGACUUCCCUACGGCGCGCUAGGCACUUCGUGGCUCUACAAUCACGGUUACGCUCCUAUUGGACCCGACGGCAGAGUGAUAGAUACCCCCGAAGUGGCAUUAGCUAAAGCUAAACACUUGGCUCUGUUCGCUCAAAACGCUAAUUGACCCGAGAAAAUAUUUGCAACCGAU